UAAAGAAUAAUGAUGGACUGGGUUACUAAGGAGAACCUUGAUAAAUACUCCGGUAAGCACUACAUGUCUAGAAUCCUUAAAAGGCUUUACAACUGGGUUUAGAGGAUACUUUGACCUAGCUAAUAUGUAUCUGUAGAGAUCCAGAGCAGAGAUAUCACCCCUUCGAAAUACUUGCAAUUAAAAUAAAUAUUAUAACUUGCCUGCUGAGGAGCAACCAUACGUUGAUCACAGGAACUUGUCUCCUGACUUAGACUGAGUGAAGAUGAAACCAAUGACCUCAGAAUUUAAAAUACGGAAGAAAUAAAAGUGAUCUUGGGGUUCACAAGAGUGCUAAAAUCCCUCCACAAGUUCUGAAGAUGCAUAAAUUACCUAAAUUUACUACUUUUUAUGAUAGAAGUAAGUCAAAAUAUCAGAAAAAUAUUACCGUUGGACGAAAUAAAGAGUCUCUUGAGAGCCAAGGAAAGAAGGAUGUCAGCCAACUCGGCAAAGAAUGCUCCAGAAGAGAACUCUUCCGGAAGUUACAGAACAUCGUUGAGAAGAGACUCACUAAGAAUGUCACUAAGAGAAAAGAAAAGAAAAUUUCCACUGGAAAACCAAGGAAUCCAGAGAUUGACGAAGAUCACUUUAUUAAGCUCAUACUUAGGAAGAAGAUAGAUCCUCUAAAGAAGGAGUUUUCUGACAAUUCUUUGUUCAAUAUGAGUACCAGGAUUGAGAAAGUCAGGAACAGAAACCAUAAGACUCAGAUUACUUCACCAGUAAAGAUCCAGAAAUUUGGGAUAUCUGUUGGGAAUAGGUCGAGUUACAAAACAAAAUUCCUUGAUAAAUCUCUGCCUGGGAACUUCAAGCAUUUUAGCUCAUACCACUCAGAGGAUAAAAAGAAAUAUGGACGGAAGCUAGUCAAGACUAUUUAUGGACACUCAAUGCAGUCUUAUAAGCACAGACUGCUUCAGAGGAACCAGAUGUUGAAGAAGCAGACUACUAAAGAGAAGGAUGUAUAUGAUAGCAUAAAAAGUUUUAAUGGGAUCAAUAUAAGCAGCAGCACGAGUCCCAAGAGGAAAGACCAAUCAGUUGGAUGUGGAGUGUCUGAAAAUAGAUCUUCUAAUACAAGUAAAAGUGAUUUGGUUUCUUAUGAAACUCUUCCCCAAAAGGAUGAAUCCAGGCUUUGUUUUGUAAACCAAAUGUACCACCCUACUAUAAAUCCUCCUCCAGAAAGUAACAAAGACAUCAGAAACGACUUAGGAGCAAUACUAGAUCCGGAGCCUUCCCCCAGGCCUGUUACUAAACCAAUUGCUUCAAACAAAUUUAAGAUAAAAAUUCAGUACAAAAAUAACCAGGAUAAAUCAAUCGAGUUCCAUCCAUUCACGGAGAAUCCUGAGGUAGCUGACAAAUCCCCUUGUGUAUCUCCCUUGUUAUACUCUCUAGGUUAUCAAGAAGAGCAAUGAUUCUUUACUUAGUAAUUUCACUUGCAAGUUCCCUUUAAAGUCAAGUUCAAGAAAACCAAGGAAGAGGAACAGGUUCAAUUCAAGGAUUGCAUUGAAGAGCAGAAUCAGAGGAGUUAACAAGUGGUAAUUCCACAACAAUUUUAUAAGUGUUUCA